CCGUCGACAUUUUUAUGGUACUAUUUUGUUGGAAGCGUUUGUUUUUUGUGUUGGUUUAUAAUUUUUUUUUUUUUUUAUAAUUUGGAACAGAUCUGUUCGUGUCACGUAAGCCCGCUGGGUACGUAAUGUCUUCGUCGUCUUCAACAUCCUCCUACGUAGUCGUCAAACAGGAAAACGAAGACACCAGUCAAGUUCCCAUUGUUAACAUGGCCCCUAUUCCCGCUUAGUACGUAUUUAUAUGGACAACUAUAUAGCUAUUAUAUAUAAUUAGUUAUUAUUUGCUUGAAUUACUUGGACUUGAAAAUUAAUACGUUCUAAAAGUGUACUUCCUGUAUAAUCAAAAAUUGCUUUGUUCUGGUAUGUUUGGAGUGCAUUUUGGAUACUUUUAGACCAACUUUGAGUUUAUGAAAAUUCAAAAUACCUCAUGUUUAUUGUUCAAAUUCAAAUUUAUAAUUAAGAAUUUUUCAACAAACAUUUUAAAAAUUUCAAAAACGAUGUAUUUUACAUUCAGACAAAGGUAAUCUGGUAGUCCUUGUUAUUGGUUUAUACAUAUUUUCGAUUUAAUAUUUUCCAAUAUUUUAACAUUAUUCUAUUAUUGUUUAUAAUACAGAACAAUUUAAUUUAAUAAAAUUAAAUAAUAUUAGAUAAAAAAUUGUGUAUGAAUCUAUGGCCUAUAAUCAUAAUGUUAUUGGAAUGAAAUUAUACUAACCUAUUGUGCUUAUUUUUUAAUUUUAAAAAUAUUAAAGUAAAUUUGUUUUUUGGCUAAUAUAUACCUCCUACUAUAUAGUAGAAAUAGUCUACUAUGUAGUGACUAUAAAAAAACCUAUUACCUAUUUUAAAUUGAGUGAAGGGAUUUUUUUUAAACAUAUUGGUGGUUAGAUUUAUAACCUCAAGAUACACAAAUAAUUUCUAUAAUUUACUUGAAUAAAUUAUAAAUAAGUAAUUUAAGUAUUAUACCAGACAUACUAUGUGCUCGGUUUAAAAGGAAUUUAGUGGAAUGAAGUAGCCAUUUACCUUUUUUAUCUAAAACAAAUUAAUUUAUAUUGUUGGGAGGUCUUUAAAAUAUUUACACAUAUUUAUUAUCAAACAAUGUGUAUAGAAUUAUAUAUCUAUACAAAAAAUGUCUUCAAAAUUAUUGUAAUUAUAUGACAUUUUAGAUAAAUUUUUAUUAGGUCUAAAAAUAAUAAUGCACCCUGAUUAAAUAAAGACAAUACAAUUAAUAAUUUAAAUUAUUUUGGUUGAAGCCAAGUCAUUAAGUACAAAUGUGUUUAAUUUAAUUAAGAAAACUUAACUCCAAAAUAAUAAUUAAAAAAAAAAAAGUCUUAUCAUAGUCUCUACCUAUUCAAUUCCCUCAUAAAAUCUGAAAUCAAUUUCAAAACCAAAAUGAAAUCAUACCACAUAAUUAUUAACCUUUCUGGUCAUAGGAAAUAUAAAAUAUGACCCUCUGCAACUAGGGAAUCCAUCAUUUAUAGAAUAUACAUCUCAUUCAGUCUUUCUAACAGUUCUUCGCUCCAUUACUGGCUUCUUUUCUGUGUGACUAGAAAAUCUAUACAUGGCAACUUAAAUUAAAAAAUUAUAUCAAAUUAAUGAUUCAAAAUCUUAAAAAUACCUAUGCAUACAAAUAUAGUCUAUAGCGAGUGUUAAAAAAGUUUAAUUAAUUAAAUUAUAAAGGUAUUGUUGUAUAGUUAUUAUUUAUGUUCUGUAAAACAAUAAUGUAAGUAAAUCAAAGAGUCGCUUACCUUCUUAAAAAUAUAUCUAAUGGCUAACUAUUUUUAACAUAUAUUUAAAGCUCUGAAAUUCAUUGUCUUAGAUCUUGGAAUAAAUUGUUUAGUAAUAUGUAUAGUACUAUGGUCAGUAAUGUUUAGUUGAUUAACCUGUUUAGAUUUUAAGUUUAAAAAAUAUAUAGGUAUCCAUUUUUCAAUUAAAUCAAUUUUAUAAACAAAUACUUUAAUUUAAUAACAAUAAUCAUAUGUUUAUUAUGUUGAAUCAAUUAUAAAAUAAGAUAUGUAUAAUUAUGAUAUAUUUAUGAACACAAAAAGUAGGGGUUAAUUUAAAAUAAGCUGUUAUCAAUGACUAUUUAUUAAACUUAAAUUAACUAUUUUAUAUUCUCAUUCAUAUAUUAAUAUAUUUAAAAAAAAAUAUUCUGAUUUUUUAAAGUAUACUUCUUCAUAACUCAAAUCUAAGUUCUAAUGUUCUUAAUUUGGUUUCUUUUGAACAAUUUAUAAUUAUAUGAGAUCCUGUUAUACUAUUAUACUAUGAUUGUACAAAUAAUUUCUAUAUAAAUUACUAUAAUGUAAUUAUUUAAAUAAAGAGAAUAAUCAACUAUCAAUAUUAACCCCUUUCCAAAUAAAAUCUUGUUUAUUAUUUUUUAUCUUUUUAUUAAUAUAAUUAAUUUCUAUUAGGUACACAAUUUAGUACAAACUAAAUUUAAUUUUGUUACACAAUUAAUCCAUAAAUCUAUCUCAGUGGUUUAUAAAUAUAUUGUUUUUCAUUUUGUUAUUAAGAAUUAACUUGAUUAAUCAACAAAAUGUACUGGAAUGUUUAAAUAUUGAUCAUCUAUUAAAAUAAUUUUAAUUCCAUACUAAUUUAGUUCUAUAAAUCAUUAUUAUUGUAUCUAAUAUUAACAAUCUAUCAUUAUUACUUAUAUAUAUCUUUAAUUGUGCCAUACACAUACUAUAUGAUUUCACAAAAUUGUAUUACUUUUAAGUGGCGAGAGCCAAAGGGACUGUAUUAGAAGAAACUAGUUCUUUGAGAUUUAUAAACUACAUGUAUAAAUUUAUGUUGUUAAUACAUUUUUAUUCAUCAUAAUAACAUUUUCUUAGUAAUUUGGCUCACAUGGCAAUUUUGGUUCUGAUAGUAGGAAAUCACAUGUACCAAAUCAUUUUUUAAUCUAAUACCUAAUUAACUUAUCCUAAGAUUUAAAUAUAUAUUAAAUUCAUUUUCCUUUAAUUAAUUUUGUUUUUCUUAGUAAACGAAGACGAAAUGAAAAACCUGGAAAAGGUUUACGCCAUUUUGCCAUGCGUGUAUGUGAAAAAGUGCGUAGUAAAAUGGUAACUACUUAUAAUGAAGUAGCAGAUGAACUUGUUGCUGAGUAUCCAGAGGGUAGUAAUACUGAACAAGUAAGUUAAAAUAUAAAUACAUUGGAGAUUUUAUGAUUGACAGUAUAAAAAUUAAAUUAUUUAUAAAUAAUAUUAAUUUUAAUUCUUAGAAUUUCAGUUUAUAAUUUUCUUAAAAUUUUAGUAUGAGGUAGACACAAUGGAAAAUUACCAAAAACAAAGUUCAAUUGUUUUUGUUUAAAAAAUGUAUUUUUUUUUAUUAUCAAUAUUUUUCAAAUUAAAUGAUUUAUUGUAAUUCUUACAUUUUCAAAAAUGUAUACUAUUUUAUACACUGACUUUUCUGAAAUCUAUUAGGUUUAUUUCUAAUAUGAUUUUAUUACUUAUAAUUUAAAAAUAAACUGUGUUUAUUAAUUUUGUUUAUUUUUAUUGUCUUUUAGUAUGACCAAAAAAAUGUAAGGAGACGAGUGUAUGAUGCUUUAAAUGUUUUGAUGGCCAUGAAUAUUAUAUCAAAAGAAAAAAAAGAAAUUAAAUGGAUAGGUUUGCCUGUGACUUCAUUUCAGGAGUCUUCAACAUUAACUCGAGAACGAGAUGAUAUAAUAGCACGCCUUAAUGCAAAACAAGCUGUAUUGCAAGAUUUAAUUGUUCAAGUAAGUAAUAUUUUAACUGAAAAAUGUAUUUUUAACAUGAAUAUGUUUUGUUUAUGUUUACAGCAAGUUACGUUUAAGCAACUUGUUGAAAAAAAUAAAAAGUAUGAACACAUACAUGGUCGGCCCUCUUCUGCUUCAGUUCUUAGCUUACCAUUUAUUGCCAUUAAAGCUGAUACUGGAACUGUAAUUGAUUGUAGUAUUUCUCAAGACAAGUUAGUUAUUUGCUAUAAUUAUCAAUAAUAUUAAUAGUAUAUAAAUGGUUUUUUUCCCAGGAAAGAAUAUUUAUUUGGGUUUAGUAACAGUUAUGAAAUUGUUGAAGACAUGGAUUUAUUAAAAAGCAUGAAUCUGUCACUAGGUAUAUAUUCAAAUAUUUAUAAUACAAUUUAGUUCUGUUAAUAAUUUUUUUGUUCUUUAUAUAUAUAUAUAUACUUAGGUCUUAAUACAGGUACAAGUACUGCAGAACAAUUAGAAAAAGCAAAAUCAUGUGUACCGAAAAAAUUACAUGAAUUCUUAUCACGUAUGUAUAAUAUUGUAUUUUACAUAUCAACAACAUAUAUAAAUGGCAAAUUUAUUAGGAAUAGCCGUUGAAACAUCAACUAUGGAAGUAGUAGAAGAAACCCCAACAAAAAAGUUCAAAUCCAGCUAAAGUGAGAUGAUUUUUGUAUUGACCAAGGCCUAAUUAAUAUUAGGAAUUUGAAUCGAAAUUACUUUAUUUUUUACAAUACCUUAUCUUAAGUUAUGUUAAUUUAAGAAAACUCACAUUGCUUAUUAAUGCAUGAACAAUUUUGGUGUUAUCGGUACAGUAUAUGUUUUUUUUUUUUUUACAAAUGAUGAUAUAUAGUACGAUGGGUAUUUUACUCUCUAUAAAAUCUUGGAAUUAUUUAUCUUUUGAUAUGAUUAAUUUUAAAAUAAUGAAAUUCAAAAUAUUGUUAUACGAUUAUUAUUUAACAUCAAAUGAUGUUAAAUGGAUUAAACGAUACUUAAAGCACUGAACUGCAUCAUUGUAGGAGAAAGGAGUUUUUAUAUUUUAGAAUACUUAAUUAUAAUAUACGUAUAAUACUUAAAUGUAUGCAUUUUAGUAUAAGGAAAAAUAUAUAUCAUACUAUAUUAUAUGAGAGAAAAAGAACGAGUUUAAUGUGCCAUAACAAGGACUGUAUAAUGUUAUGGUAUAAAAGUAUUUUUGUUGAAUUUUUCGUGGUACCUAUAUCUGAAUUUAUUGUGCAUUGUAUCGAUAAUACCAUUGUGUCUUUAAGAAAGUAUUAAUUUAACACAUAACAUUUAUGUUGAUACAAACACUGAAAUAUUUGUAAUAUUAUGUUAAUACGAACACUGAAAUAUUUGU